CAGUAGUUUCAUUCCUGCUUCAAGAGUCAGGAUUUUGUCACAACUCCUGUCUCAUUUGCGCGUAAUACACCCCUCCCAAGAAGGAAUAUUUGACCUUGAAACAUCCAAAAGACUUAGGUUGGAUGCUCCUGGCCUUACUACCAACGGAGCGAUCGGAUGCUCUUAGGUUGGAGGCUUUCACCGAAGCAAACAUCGGUCCCUUCGCCAUGGCUUGGUCAAACAGAGAACUGAUCAUGCAAGUGGAGCAGGAAACCAUCCGGGUCCUUGGUGCUGACGUUGUGAAAAAUGAUGGGCCGUGGCAUUACGCACUGGUUUUUCCGAUCCGAGUACAAGGUGAAAAUGACGAGACGUUUGACCAGAAGCUUGAUGAUCCAGCCUCCAAGUGGAAGGAGCUUUUUCCAACUGAAGAGAACAGCCCUUCUGAUUUGAAGCCAGGAAUGACGUGGGAGGAUUUCACUGCAAGAGUGAGACAGAAUGUGAAGCAAUACAUUCGUGAGAUGGGAUGUGAGGUGACUGAAUUCAAAAGUGUGGACGAAGAUGAGAUCUUUGUUCUGUUUGGCAUGAGCGACAAAGAGAAAGCACUGGACCUUGCAGAGAAAGAGGAGGCAAGGGUGCGACUCAAGCCGAGUGCUUAUGACGCUGUCGACUGCAAAUGUCCCACGGACGAAAAAGCCGGAAGGGAGUGGAGAAUCCGCGAGUUGGAGCGUUCUCUGCGAGGAGUUAACAUUGACAAUCGAUGUCCUGCUUUUGUGCGCUACACCGCAACCGUUCAUGACGUGGUGGAGGACGUUGAGGAUAUAGAGAUGAUCAGGAUUGUCCGGCAUGGCCUCCAAAGAGAAGUGCGUCUCCAGGUCUUAGAGGCUGAAGUCACCAGGCUCUUUUUCCCCAUUCACCAGUGGGAUGACUUGCAGGAGCUGUAUGCGCGUGGGUGGAGUAAUCCCUACAAGCCCUUCUAUUUCCCAAAGGCAAACAUGCCGGACAAUGUGUCAGAAUACUUCGGUGCGCACGUGGCGGCCUUCUUCCAUCUCUACAAUGCCUUCACAAGGUGGCUUGUGGUGCCUGCUCUUGUGAGCAUCAUCUUCCCUUUCGUCCGACCCCACAUUUCCCACGAGAAGGCCCACUGGUUUGACAGCAGCUUUGGAGGGAUGAUGUGUUUGUGGAGCACUUUCUUUCUGGCCAGUCUGAAGCACCAGAUGAAUGCAAAGCUCUUGAAAUGGGGCAUGGGAGACACUGUCAGCAGAGUGAAAAACGUGCGGAAGAACUUCAAGGAUGAACUGCGGGGCAGCUGCUCGGAAAACCUUCGCAACCUGCUACACUGGACCCUUGUGAUCCUCUUUCUCAGUGAGACCGUCUUCUUUUCGCGAUACAUUGCACUGUGGAGGAGGGAUCUUUUCGAUAACCCCGAUGGCAUGACUUUUGGAAUGCAGAACACAGAUGCCGGAAAAUACUUCAAGUACUUGGUCACGGCCAACAUCAAAAUCGUGGAUGCAGUAUGGACGCCUUUGUGCAUCUACUUGACCAAACAUGAGAACCAUAGAACUGAGAUGGAUUUGAAAUCCGCGAUGAUCCUGAAGCUUUUUGCAGUCAAGUCGGUCCUCUUCUACUAUCCCUUCAUUCGCAGCAUUUUCAUCCAACCUCACGUUGAAGGAUGUCCAGGUCCAGGCAAUCAUAUCUCAGGGUGUUUGGAUGCAUUGCGAGCCGACCUUCAGCUUUUCUUCAUUACACAGGUGAUAUCCGUGGGAGCUGGCUUGAUGGUGCAACUUGCCAUGAUGUACUGGACUGUUCGCAAAGAGCUUCAAAGGAAAAAGAGCGAUGAUGGGAAGCUCUCGUAUGUGGAAGUCCAGGCAAUGCUGGCGGAUUAUGGCGAAGAGGCAGAGGUUUCGGAUUAUUUGCAAGUGGUCCUGAACUUUGGCUUUUUGUCAAUGUUUGGCUGCGUUGCUCCUUCAAUGUGCAUUUUGUGCUUCUUGUCCAACCUUCCAAUGAAGAGGCUUUUGGCCUAUCGCUUUUCCUUCUCACAGAAGCGGGUCGUCCCGAUCAUCACGCAUGGCCUUGGCUCCUGGAAUUUUAUUCUCAAUGGUCUUGCCUACUUUGGUGUGUCACUCACUGCCUACAUUGUGGUUUUUGCAUAUGACAGCUUCGAUGCCAACCACUUUCACACACAGCUCCUCUUGUUCCUGGCCAUUGAACGCGCCAUUUGGUGUGCAUUCCACGUGUCACGAAAGGUAGGAAGGAAGACAUCCACCCUCUCUGUCCAGCCCUCUGUCGCAAAGAAGAAGAAGCCAUCCGAACGAUAUCUUUCAAGAAGGCUACUGAAACUUUCACCCCCGUCUACCUUAGCAAGCUGAGCCUUGGAGUGGCAGCCCUGAAAUUGGUGCUCGACCUUUUCUUGGGCGACAAAUCUCUGGCACAGCAGCGUAUAGAGGAGGUCAAUGAAGAUGAUCCGCGGCUAUUUUUGUGCUAGGAUCAAAUUAUCCUUUGUUACUGGUAGCUUCUUCUUCCUAGUAGUAAUGCAAGGAGCUACUAGUAGCUUCUUGCUGUAAUUCCCUUGUUCCUAGUGAUGCUCUUGUUCCUAGUAGCGAUGCCCUUGUUACUAGUUAAUGAAACGAGAUGAAGUGCUUCUGCCAACCUGCGAAGUUGUUCGAACACUUCCCACAGACGCUUCAGACUUCACAAGCAAUUUCCCGAUGAAGUUGGACAAAGCAAAGAAAAAUUUAGGGAGGCAACUCUAGAAACAAAGUCUUUUCAUCAGACCGUUCUUUUUUCCUUCCUUUCUUGACAAGCUGCCUAGCAAAUGAUCAGAAAGAAAGCAAGAAAAAGCUCGCUUUUCCAAUCUAGGAACCUUUUCAAACAUAUUUUAAGUUUCCGCAAAAAUCCAGGAAGCAAAUCAAUCAUUCGAAAGGUUCAAGCGCCUUCAAAGUAAAGGGUCCUUGAAAAGAGCUCGACCAAUUGGUGCACCGUGGCGCCUAGCAAGAGGUCCUCCGGUUUUUCUCACCCUCAUUCCAAAUCUAUGGCGUCUAUGGCCAACUUGGAAAGACGUUCAUGUAGCGUCCUUGCUCCUAGUAGCGAUGCCCUUUGUUACUAGCUUCGUGCUCCUAGUAGUACGGCCAGGAGCCCCUAGUACCGUCCGAUCGCUCCUAGUAGGAAGACAUGGAACAGCAUGGAACUCACUUCUUUUUUCAUUUCGUUUCGGCGUUCCGACUCGCUUUCUUCCGGACUCGCUCACGAAAAGAGCACGAAGACACCGAGGUUGCAGGCUUGAUCCUGGCGAGUGAGAUUCGGCGAAGCCAUCAUCCCACCGCAUGUUUCGAUGGAUUUUGGUGUGGCCCGGUAGGCUAGGUGUGUCUUUGUCUUAAGUUCACAGCUAGAGCACCAAGUGUUCCUAGCUACACCUAAUGAAUGUAUUAGGCACAGGCAAUGUGUAAAGCAAAGAUCCUUUCUGACAACCUCCCAAAGAAGCUCCAAGAAAGUGCCAAAGAAGCAUUUCUGGUCGGGGGAAGCAGUCGUCUGGAAGCUCUUGGAACUCAUGAAGCUCAUGGAGCUCGAGCCUGCUUGCCAGCAAACAGCCAAAAGCGACGUCUUAUUCUUCAUUGUGACAUUGUGCGUUUGUUGGGUUGGUGUCGAUUGCAUUGCUGGUUUGGCUUCUGUUUUCGUUUGUGCUUAUAGCUACUAGUAGCAUGGUGCCUCACCACUAGUAACAAGC